AUGAUCAACAAAGCUGCUACCGAUUGUUCUAGUGAACAAUCCCAACGGCAUGAGUGCUUUGGAGGAACUGCUCGUCAUAAAACUGUCAUCGAUCGAUUGAGAAGAGAGAACAAAAAUUCUUUGCUCUUGGAUGGAGGAGAUCAAUUUCAAGGGAGUUUAUUUUUUACCUAUUAUAAUGGCACAAUAAAUUCCGAGGUCAUGAACUUACUCGGUUAUAACGUUACGGCCAUUGGAAAUCACGAAUUUGAUAAAGGUCCUGAUGUGCUAACCUCCCACUAUUCACGAUUAACCAUGCCGAUUGUAUGUGCGAAUAUCAAUACGACAUUAAACCCAACGAUAGGCAGAUAUAUCAAACCCUACCACAUCUUUGAGGAAUAUAACCUCGCAGUCAUUGGUUAUAUAACAGAUACCGCAGGAGGUAUUUCAAACAGCGGACCGACACUUCAGUUCGAAGAUCCAAUUCCAAUUGUCCAACAUUAUACUAACGAACUUCGAAAGAUGGGUAUAAAACGUAUUUUGACCGUCUCGCAUAAUGGCUAUGAUGCUGACAAAGAAUUGGCUGCAAAGACGCAUGGAAUUGCCGUUCACGUGGGGGGUCAUAGUCACACCCUUUUAUCUAAUGACCCAAAAUCAAAAGACUAUCCACUUGCCAAGGGUCCUUACCCCACCGUCGUGAAAAAUGCUAAAGGAGAUGACGUACUAAUUGUACAGGCAUUCUGGUCGGGAAAAUAUAUUGGUCGUCUAGAUGUAUCUUUCGACGAAGAGGGUAAACUGAUCGAAUUCUCUGGUGCCCCAAUUCUCGUUGGUCAAUCAAUACCGCCAGAUACUGCUGUGGAAAAAUUGGUGAAAAAAUGGCGUGCACCAUUUAAAAAAUACGCGGAAACCAUUAUUGGAUAUGCCAAUCUUCCAUUUGAAUAUAACUGCCAAAAACACAGGGAGUGCGCAAUGGGUAAUCUAGUCACCGACUCGAUUCUUUGGUCGAUGAGAAAAAUCCUAAAAGUUCAUGCUGCAUUUAUUAAUUCCGGUGGAAUUCGGGCUGGUAUAUUAAAAGGAAACGUUACACUAAAUGAUAUACUAACAAUCCUACCAUUUGGUAAUGAAUUGGUGAAGUUGAAGUUAACUGGACAAAAUAUCACCGAUCUCUUGGAAAGUGCGGUCAGCAGAGGCAUAAACAAGAUAUCAGGGAAGAAGGUUACCAGCUUCAUUCAAGUUUCAGGGCUUAGAUUUGUUCUUGAUAGUUCAAAACCUAUAUACCAUAGAGUGCAAGAAGUGCAAAUUCAGAAUAAUGAGAGCAAGUUAUUCGAGGAGUUGGAUCUAGAAAAAGUUUAUGAUAUCAUUACCCUUGAUUUCGUGGCUAAUACUGGCGAUGGAUUGCUUCCCGAGUUAAACCAAGAAAUCAUAUCACUGGGAACAGUGGAUUCCGCUGUUAUAUCUUACAUCCAAUCUCAAGGUACCAUCGAACCACAUUAUGAUGCUCGCAUAAGGGAUCUUACCACCUCGCUUCUGGUGAAUGAAAAACCAUUUUCUCCACAUGAACCAGUUCAUUUUGGGUAUAUGAAAUCAAAUCUUAAUGACUUGGUACGCGAAGAUGAAUUGGUUUCGCAGGAAGAUGAAUCUCUGCUCGUAUAG